AUGAUAAGAUGGUUGCUGCUACUGACUCUGGUGACAAGAAUAACAGGUCAAAAUGCCGCCGAAGAGUCAAACGGGUUUCUCGAUGAUUGCAAUGACACUGGAUAUUGUUUGCAUGGAAUUUGUGGAGAGAAAGGCUUUUGGAUGUCAAUUUUCGCUGGAAUUAUGCAAGAUUCAGAACCUGAUAGGAGGUGCAUUUGUCAUCCGGGAUGGAGAGGGGAGCGAUGUGAGUUUGACAUCGAUGAGUGCAAAGAUCCCGAGUUUUGCAAAAACAAUGGAGCUUGCGAGAAUACGCAAGGUUCGUUCAAAUGUGACUGCCAAGGGGAGUAUUUUGGGGAUCGAUGUGAAGAGAAACACAAAGCACCGGUAAACAAUCGAGACGUUCAUCCUGCUGCGCCUGAUGUGACAACAACUCUUUUAACUACUACAUCUCCUAAAAACUUGCACUUGCCAACACGUGUCGAUCUCGAAGUCACAUUCGCCAAUGAUACUUUCCCCGACAUGAUGAGCGGACUCAACAAAAAAUUGUAUCAAGUCAACACAGUGUUGACGCAAAUGAGGCUCUGGGUGGAGAUCGCAAGAGAUGAGGAGCACAACUUGCUCGUGUUUGAUGUCAACAAGAAAAUGAUUGAUCCGUGGAAUUCAAUCCUUGUCCCUAAAGUGGUUAUUACGCUAGAUGUUGAGUGCAAAGUGAGCAAUUUGAGUCUAUGUCCUACCGUUGAGGAGUUGACUGCUUAUCUCGGAAGUCCAGAAGUUGCUGAGGCUUUGGGAAUUAUUGAUGUUAGACCGGAAGAGGAAAAGAAGACAAGAUGGCCAGUAUGGUUGAUAACAGUUGUGGUUUCGAUUUGCUUGAUUCCUGUGGUGAUUUGGGUGAUUUUUCGCGGAGCGAAACGGAGAGAAGUCACUGUGUUCAAAACGGUGAACCCCUUUUGUAACGGUAGUGAGGGAAAAGCGACUGAUGCAGAAUCAUUGGUCUCUUAUGAAGUGUGGAAGCGUUCCUGCUCAUCUGUCCGUUUGAUUGACGAGAAUGCACUCACCAACAAUGAGACGGUCACCCUGCUAACAAUUGUUGCGAAUUACCACAAUCGUCCAGAUUGGGAAAAAAUAAAGAAGUUCCUCGAUGAUGGGGUGCACCCUGAAAUCAAAUAUGAAGCUUCUGUUCUGCAUGCUGUUGCUCGAAUCGAUUGCAUGGAAUUACUUGAGAAGCUACUUAAAUAUCAUAAUGUGAAAAAUUUGAUAAACUCCGUUGACAAGUUCAAUAUGACUCCAUUGAUGAUUUUCGCGAAAAACAUUCUGCGCGAUGCGGAUGGAGCGGAGAUUUUGGUGCAACACGGAGCCGGUGUGAACUAUCAAGGAGUUCGAGAUUUAGAGGACCAAGACGCCCCCUCAUACAACGGUCGUUCAGCUCUCCAUUAUGCAGCCAAAUAUAAUAAUGUGAAAUUUGUUGAAUAUUUAUGUGCCCUCAAAGCGUCUGAGGGAUCCUCAAUCGAAGAAAAAGAGAGAAUAGAAGCGAAUCGGAACAUCAAGGAUCAUGAGGGUAGAACCCCGUUGAUGUAUGCAGCAAAAGGGGGGAAAAUGGAAAUGAUUGAAAUAUUGAUGAGGCUUGGAGUGAAUGUUGAUGAUGGUGAUGAGCACGGGAAAACGGCUAGAGACAUCGCUUUGGAGGAAGGGUACUUGGAUGCGGCGCGGCUCCUCCCACAGAGGCGAACUCCCACAUCAAUACUCGUUGAGUACAGUCGACAAAAACAGGAAACUGAUCGAAAUAAUCGAAACAAUCGAAACUCGAGAAGAAAAGAGAGUCAACCGGUUCAAAGCAAAGUUAUUAAUCCAUAUCCGACCCCGCCAAAUCCCUCUAAAUCGACCAACUCAACCCCGAGUCCUCAAUUCCAAACAAUGAAGACUGGCCAAAACCACGCCGUUAUCCACCCACCGCAAAUUAACACUUAUCCAUUGAUGCCUUCCUAUCAAAACAAUUUGCGGAAUUAUGGAGAAACGAUGUAUCAUGGAGGGAUAGCAGGAAAUCAAAUGUUACAAAUGCCAUCUCAACACUUCAUCACGCCUCCG